CACGGGCGACCCAAUCCUAAUGGGCGUAGGAGUGCCAAGAGGUGAAGGACACGCACGCGGGACGGACGACACGAGCGAAGCGCGCACAUUGGCGUGUGCGUGUGAAGGGCGCGCGCGAAGCCUAAUUGCCGAAGGACUAGAAGAGCACGAGGGGCGGCGCACGGGUGACGCGUGCGACGCGUUUGGCGAAAGUGCGGCGACGCAAUAUUUUGAGCUCAAUGAAACCGAUGGUACAGAUCGCGUCAGGUAUGCCGCUUAUUAUCUCGAUGGUGAGGCCAAUGUAUGGUGGCAAUGGCUCACAAGGAUUUACCACAAGCGACAGCAAAUUAUCACUUGGGAUGUUUAUGAAAGAGAGUUGCUUACACGGUUCGGUACGUCUGAUUAUCAUAAUUACAAUGAGGCUCUUACACGUAUACGGCAAACGGGCAGUCUACGCGAAUACAUCAGGGAGUUCGAACGAUUAGCUUGCCGCGUGCGCGACUGGCCGGAAGAUGCAUUAGUCGGCGCGUUUAUAGGCGGGUUGAAAUUUGACAUGGCUGCUGAGGUUUGGCUCGAGAGGCCCGACACCAUGCAUGACGCGAUGGAAGUGGCCCGACGACGAGAAGAUCACCUGGUUGCAACACGAAGGGGACGGGCGGACACCCGAAAUCCCGAUACACGUCGCACGGGCCCAAGCCAAUUACCUGCGAGCACGCGGCCUGCUUUCAAUACGCGGCCAGCAGGGUCAUUAGUCCGACGACUGUCGCCAGAGGAA